GUGUAUACACCCUGCCUCUCACGGUUUGCGCCAAAAGGAAAUAUAGGGCAAUCAACUCUCACUGCAAAUUCAUCUACACGCCAGUCUCAAAUCUCUCAGGGAACCAUGGAAUUUAUUCUUGAACAGGGAAAACAGCUACAUGCAAACUGCACUACACUGAUUCUGCCCGCAUUGUCAAUUGGGAACGUUGGGCAACUGUCUACCGAUUUAUUGAUCUCAUCUUUAAAAGCAGAAAAAAUUGGUUAUCUAGAUGAACCUUCUAUUCUUCCAUGUGUUGGAAAUGACGCUUAUGGGGUUGGUCCCGAAGGAGUUCUUGCUUUACCACUUGAAGCAUACGAUUCUUGUUCUGAUUCAUUGAGUCUUAUACAGCAAAGAUCACCAGUUGUUCAGGGAAUGAUGUCCGAGUUUGCGAAGAAUUUGGCGAACUUUGCAGUUGCAAGUGGAAAGAAGCACGUUGUUGUUCUCUCCAGCUUAGAUUCUGCACGAAGGCAAAAGAUUGAUUUGUCAAGUAAUAUGCAGAUAUAUUACCUUUCAAGUACCAAUAUAGAUGGAACAGAUAGUGACUGUGAGAAGUUAGGGUGGAAAAGACUCCAAGAGUAUGAUCCUGCCCAGAGACGUUGGAAGUAUCUCAGUGCUUUAGCUGAUGGAGUUUCUAUGCAAGAAGAAAGUUCAUCUUUUGAGGAGGAGGAUGUUCUUGAUGAAGAUUACUAUCCGAGUUUGCCUUUUGCUGCUCUCUUUUCUUGUUGCAAGGCAAAAGGUUUGAAGGUGACUUGCAUAUUUUCCUACUGCUCAGAAGGAGACAACAUAUCAGACUCUUUCCUUUUGGCAGAGGCUUCAUGUAAGCUCCUGGGGAAGAACCCGUACAAGUCCAACGGUAAUGGUGAAAAUGGAUGGGUUAUUCCGUACUCAUGGAGGACAAUGUAUGGGCCUCCACCAGACAUGUCACUCUUUUAAUUUGUUGGUCUUGAUAUUCUAAAAAGGAAUCCAUUGAAAACCUGAGGCUGAAGAUAGUGAAGUACCUCUGUGAGUCCACCACCCCUGAGAUUUGAUAAGUCAAAGGUGCAUUUGUUCAAAGCACGGGAGAGUUGUUCCCUUGCAGUGUUAUGUUAAUGGAGUCUGCACUGUAUGGAAGCAGGAAUGGGGAUCAUUUUGGUAGAGGUGAAAACGUAGAUAUAUCCGGUAACUGAAAGAAGGAAAAUAACAGUUUGCAACUAUUACAAACAAGUGUAGAAAGACAACUAAUUCAUCCCAGCCAAUAAUACUGACUUUAUUGUGGAUCCAUGUCACCUUUUCAGUGUUAUAUUGUAUCCCGUUUGGCCUGUAAUGAUCGACCUGUCUCUAUGUGGGCUCUGCUAUAUUUUUGGUUUUCAUGUGUGGAUCCUCUGACC